GACUACGGAUCCCGGCAUGCCCCGGGCGGGGCUCCGGCGAUCCCGGCACGGCCAGCCGCCGGGGCUGAGGCCGCAGCUGGGCAGGCCGGGGUGCGGCCGACGGCUUCAUGUCCUUCCCCCGGUACUACCGAGGCGCGGUGGCUCAGCAGCGUUGUCCCUGCCGCCCCUCUCCCCUCCCGGGCCACGCCUCGGUACCGGCGGCGCGGGGCAGGCCGGGAGGGCGCGCGGGGGAGGCCGGGAGUGCCCGCAGGGAUCCCCGGGGCGGCGGUGCGGGGCGGCGCAGCGCGGCACCGGCGAGAUGUGGUACGAGAUCCUGCCCGGCAUGGCCAUCAUGGGCAUCUGCCUCAGCAUCCCCGGCUUCUCCACCUUGUACAUGCACCGCUGGAGCAACGGCGGCAAGGAGAAGAGGAUCGCCCGCUACCCCUACCAGUGGACUCUGAUGGAGAGAGACAGGCGGCUGUCGGGUGUCAACAAGUACUACGUUUCCAAGGGUCUGGAGAACAUAGACUAAGGUGGUGGCAUUUUGAAGAAUGCACAUAUCUACAUAAAAUGAUUUAACUCAUUAAUAAAGAUAUGCAUGUAUUCAA